AUGCCACAUCCUAAUAAAAGAAAACAGCAGAUAAGUAUACUGCCUAGAAAACAAGGUCGUUAUACAUUGCAAGAAAUGAUACAAGUGGAAAUGAUAGAUGAAGAAAUGCCCCAAGUAGAAAUAACGCAAGAUGAAUUAUUACAGGAAGAUAAGAUUAUGCAAAAGACUACUAUAAUGCAAAAGAAGAUUGUUGAAUUAAGAAAUAAGAGACCGUCAUAUACCAGAAUGUCAAGAACAAUAGCUUGGAGAAAAAAGCAAAAAGCUAAUACAUUAUUAAAUGUUGAAACAUCACCUGAUUUGUUGCACUUGUUUUCAGCUGUCGAUAUCAUAAAACGACUACGAUUGCUACAACCACCUUUAGCUAUGCUAUUAGCCAACACUUUAUCAUUAGUAUCAUGA